AGUGCCCCAACUACCAUGCCGGAGAAUCACUCUUACGCACCUUCACUGGCCCAAUGACUAUCUAUUGUCACUCGCAGCAGUCAUUCCUGAUGGCAGUGGAGAAUCACUGGGACAGAGGCAGAGAUGCAGUCUGAUGUAGUGGUUAGAGGAGGGGACUGGGAGUUGAGACCACAUCACUUGUGUUCCCAGCUCUGGGAGGAAGUUGAGUUCAAUGAGUAGAGCCAGAACUCCUAGCUUGUAUUUAGUGGGCUAGAGCAGUGGGCAAACUGGGAGUCAGGACUCCUGGGUUCUCUUCCAAGCUCUGGAAGGGAGUUUAGUUGAGUGGAUAGAGAAGCAGGAGGGGAACCGUAAUGUCUGUCUCUUGAAAUGAGCAUGGAACCCCGGCUAGAACAGGGGAUGACGUGUCAGGGGUACUGUCUGUAUUCCUGACUCGAUUUUACUGUGUAAUUAUGACAGGGUUUGGUCACCUCCAUGCAAAAUGCUGCUUCCAUUUAGAGCAGUAUAAAGUGGGAGCAAUUCCAUGGCAAGCAGUGAAAUUACCCCACAUUUGCAGCAGUGCGUCUGACAUCAGAAUCUGGCCAGCCAGACCCCCAAUUUCCCUUGAUAAACUGAGGAUAGUAACAUUUAUACAACGUUAUCCAGAGUUCACCCACCUCCGGGUGACAGAGGUAUACAAAUACCUCAAAAGCAAUUGUUCCUAUUUCUCUUCUCCAUCACCCUGGUGUAAAUAAGGAGUAACUCCACUGGAGUCAGUGGAGCUGUUUUCCACAUCCUCAUUCCCAUAUUACUUCAGUCUUCACAAGCUAAGUGUCUGACUCAAGGAAAAUAAGGCUUUUUAUAAAAAAGAGAGUUAUUUUACUGAUCUAAUGCUGGCCCUUGCUCUUUUCCCUCCCUCUGCAGACAUCACACAAUGUUCUGAGAAAGAAAAUGUCAAACCGAACCACCAUGACCGAGUUCCUUCUCAUGGGAUUUUCUGAAGUUCGGGAGCUGCAGAUUUUGCACUUUGUGGUGUUUCUAGUGAUUUACCUUGCAGCCCUGAUAGGGAAUCUACUUAUCUUCAUGGCCAUAGUCUUCGACCAUCACCUUCAAGCCCCAAUGUACUUCUUCCUGAUUAAUCUGUCCGUCUUAGACCUUGGCUCCAUCUCUGUCACUGUCCCCAAAUCCAUGGCCAAUUCCCUCAUGAAUACCAAGUCAAUUUCCUAUGCUGGAUGUGUUGCCCAAGUCUUUUUCUUCGUCUUCCUGGUGGGAGCGGAUUUUUCCCUUCUCACCGUUAUGGCAUACGACCGAUAUGUCGCCAUCUGUCAACCAUUGCACUAUGACAGAAUGAUGAACAUCAGAGCUUGUGUCAAAAUGGCAGCGGGAGCCUGGGUCAGUGGGAUUCUCUACUCUGUGCUACACACCGGGAACGCAUUUGCAUUGACCUUCUGUGGAGGCAACAUAGUGGGUCAGUUCUUUUGUGAGAUCCCCCAGCUACUCAAGCUUGCCUGCUCUGACUCAUAUCUCAGUGAAACUGGGGUUCUUGCAUUUAGUGUGUGUUUAGUCUUAGGCUGCUUUGUUUUUAUCAUUGUGUCGUAUGUUCAGAUCUUCAAAUCAGUGCUCAGAAUCCCCUCUAAGCAGGGCCGGAAAAAAGCCCUAUCCACCUGCCUUCCUCACCUCACUGUGGUCUCCUUGUUUGUUUGCACUGGAGCCUUUGCCUACCUGAAACCCACCUCCAGCUCCACAUCUGCUCUGGAUCUUGUGAUGGCUGUUCUCCAUUCUGUAUUGCCACCAAUUAUGAAUCCAAUUAUCUACAGUAUGAGGAACAGGGACAUCAAAGCUGCCCUGAGGAGACUGACUGGGUACAGAUAAUUCACUAAGAAUUAAUUUUCUGUCUUUCUCUAACUAGAGUUUGCUUAUGUAGUAUCUGUUCAUUAAUGUCAUUUAUUUCCA